AUGAAACGGAAGCAGAACGGGGAAGACGGCGUGGCAACGCGCCCAAGCCCUAAGCGCCGGACAAGGGAUGAACCCUUCCGAGAAAGCGAGUCGGUUCGAGAACAGGCGAGGCCCUACCUGCUGGCAGUCGGCAGGCUGCAUAUAGAUGUUCUGGAGACGACGUGGAGUAUAGACCGACUCCCGGCAGACCUCGACAUAAAGCUACGUAUCAACCGUAGAGACCCGAGCCUACCCGAUAACCACGGUCAGAUCUGGACGCAGCUUGUAUCAAUCGCGUCAGAUACAUCAGGAGGAUCCACCAAAGGCGGAGCCGCCCAAGUGAUUGUCGACUAUAAACUCGUGGAGGCCUUACGGCUUGGUGGCGAGAAGAGCUUCCCCACGCCGAUACAAUCGGCGACACGUACGCGCGAUGCAGUCGAGGCUAUAUUCUUUACCAGCGACGGCAGCAAGGGCAGCAGCGCGCCCCACCACCGCAAGGCAGUCCCAAGCCUCGAGUUCGUCGACUUAAGGCGCUUCCUCCGAAGCAAGAAGCCCGAGACGGAGGCUGCAGUCCGGAUACUACAGCACGUCAUCAGCUGGAUCCACCACGCCAGCGCAGUCGACCUCGCAAUGGUCAAUCCCAAGUCGAAAAACAAGCCCCAGCUGCUCAAGUACCUACAGGCUGCUCUCGAUAGUUUAGGCAUGUCGAGGGGUAUGACUAGUAGGUAUCCGGCGGACGCAGCACUACAGCUACAGAAACGCGUCCUCGACUUUGCCCAGCGAAACGCGUCUGCCUUUCAGGCGCCGGAGGUGCAGGCAUAUAUUACCGACAAAAUCACACUCGUAAACACACCCGACUAUAGCAAACGGUUUAACUACGUCGUAUGGGCACGCCUACUACGGAUUGUCCGGCAGGUCGUCGACGCGGAGGAUAACAGCCACGUCCUUAGACCCGAGUGGGAAACAUCGAAUACAAACGAGGGAGGUGUCCCCCGGGCGGAGGUUUCAACACUCAUAAAUACAUUCUGCGCUAGUCUCUUCAAACUCGGAGAUCGGCCGGUUAAGAAGAACGACUCUGCACUUAUCGCUCUCCAGCGUAGGGUUGAGAAGCUCCUGACAUCGUCUACUACCGAAUUACAAGGUAUACUAUCGACUAGUCCAGUUUCGUCGGCUAGUAAAACUAUACCUUACGCCACAGAGGGUGAUGACAGCCUCCUACAGAAGCAGAAACAGCAGCAGCAGCAACGAAAGGCGGGGGCUCUAAGAGAUCUGAGCCCCCCGCCACCAGCGCAGAAGCCUAGAAACUCUCGGGAGAACAGCAGUAAAAGAGCACCUCCAACCCGCGGCGCAAGAGUAGAUCUCCUGUCGGACGAAGAGGAGCCCUCUGCUAUCGAUGAGGCAAUCUUAUUCGCCGACGCGUCAUGGAGGAAUGAGGAAGAGGACGACGAAGAAGAAAAUAGCGACCAGCGAGGCCAUGGCGGAGAAACACAGAGGUGGGCGGUUGAUCACUCUACAGGCCAUCAUCGCCUCCGAGAUCGCUUUAUCCAAAGGGUUUUAGCAAAGGACUUUGAGCCCGAUAACGCACUGAAGAUGAUCCAAGAGAAGCACACCAUCGACUUCGGGUCUAUCCGGACCGGGUGCACCCAGGCGCAGCCGUCAGAUGGAUACUACCCGCAAUUCUUCCUCGACUUCUUUAGCGUUAUAGGCAAGCCUGGUCAGGCUAUAUCGAAGCGCGACGGCCCGAUCUUCGACAACAUUAUCGCGGCCACGCGCGAGACCUGGUUCAUCGUCAUACACCCAGUGACAAGCGAGAUGUCGGAGUUGCCCUCCUCGUCCGCCGACGCCCGCCGGAGGCGGGAGCAGGCCGGCGAGCGAAGCGGCAUGCCCACGCAGUUAGCAAGCGAGUUAGCCUCCUACAUCACCAGCGUAUUUCAAGUUCCCGAGCUCCUGGGGGAGGGCGUCGAGCCCUCGUGGCGCCUCGGCAGGCAGGAAAGCCAGAGGAUCAGCUCCAACCGAGUAAAUAUCGAAAUCGAGCUAGAGGAGCUCUCUAUAACGGACGAUAAGGUUCCUUCUAUAACAGCAGACACGAGGGGUAAUAAGCGUAUAGGAAGCAGCGGUAAUAGCAUCGACAACACGCGUUACAAGGGUAUAUUAUCAGAAUAUAACAGCCUCCGGAAACUAAUAUCUAAGUUAGAAGCGCGCUUCCACCUAGAAAGCAUAACCGCCGUAUCAUACGCGCUCGCCGUCUAUAUCAAUAGCGACAGGGUAGUAGCCGACAACAAUAGCGAAGCCAGUCAGGCAGAGACGAGGAGCCUGCUUAUCGACAGGAACAUGAUCACGAGGGAAUUCGCAAGCGCUCGGGACUACACGUUCUAUCCGCAGGCAUUCCAUCCAGUAUAUGGAAACAUAUCGUCUAGCCGCCCGCCCAUGUUUCUGGACUCACUCUUCGCAGCCAUGAAGGGUAAUAUGAGCGACCGGAACGAGGGUGCUGAUGUGUUAUCCUUUGGGUACUUCCAGGGCUACUCGAACAUCAAGCGUAGCGUCCGUCACAGCCCCCACGACCUGUUGGCAACGAAGGGCUAUGCGACAGCGGCGCUAACCGUACCAACGUCAGACGCCGGGGCCACAUGGGCUACAAGCCAAAAGCGCGAACGACUAUUACGCAUUGUCCGCGGACCGGACGAGUCUAAACCCUUCGCAAGAGAACGACAGCAGAUCAACGUUGCGAUCGGGGCCGAGGAGGUUGCCUUCCGGCUCGAGCAGGUAGUCUCCCUGGACAUGCGGCGUAUGGUCGGCGGACAGCGGACGUUCGAAACCGUCAUCAGACCCAUCUUCCAGAUGAUGCGGUUCUUCCUCGUCGAGCACGAGUCGUAUGUACACAUCUUCCGGUCUAUGCCGCUCGAGAUAUUCCCCCGGAUCAUGUGUGCCUACUCCAGGCUUUUCGAGGUCGUCAUCGGCGAGAUGGAGCGCCAGUUCGUCAUCGGAGGGGAACAGGGGCUUGAUCUCGCGCGCUCCGAGGCGAUCGCCGUCAUCGAUCGCCUAGGCGGUUAUAUGUUCUCGGGCCACCCGCGGCACCUUCCCAAGACCAUACUGCGGCCGCUCGGCACGCUCGGAAGCCUCUGGGCCGGGGGCUGGCCCUUCAUCGACCCGGCCGUCUUAAACCUCGGAGCUUCGGGGUCGUCAGGAGGGGCAGUCAUCAACAUGUCGCGGUGGCCCCACUCCGCCAAGACGGGCCGGCCCGAGCUGCUCCACGUCCGGGAGCUGCACCACCACUAUGGCGCCCGGGUGGCCUCCUGCCGCGAGAGCGCCGUAUGGUUUGCACAACUCGGCGAGGCCGCGUUCACCAGCAAGACGGCCGUCACGUCAUUCGCCCAAGAGCUCAUCCGCGAACUCUGGAUCCCGCAGACCAAGGAUUUCAUCAUCCAGCAGCUCAGGCGCCGCCUCCACGAGGGCAGCAGCAACCAGGGUAGAGAUCCCAUCACCAUGGAAGAUAUUGCCAUGUGCGAGAGAGCAAUAUCCACCUGGGAUGCAGCGACUGACGCAUUCACGUGGAGGGCACUCCGGCAGCUCUGUCAGGGCUUGAAGCCCGGUGGGAAGCGUGUAGCCGUGACGGUAUCGGGCCAGCGCGCGCGGCAGGAUUUCGUAUCCGAAAUGGUACGAGUAGUCGGAAGCGAGAAGGGCAGAGACGCCUUCUCGGCGAAGAACGCGACAUGGCCCCUGACGCUUCACUUCGCCAUCGCCAACAGCCGCAAGUCGCAAGGUGGGAUCGACCUGGGAAUGUGGGUUGGGGCCGUCCUGAGCUGCCUCGUUGUUAGCGGUAUCGAAUGGGUACCCGACUCGGUCCGCGGCCGUUUUACCUCGAGGAGUGUCGUACGGCUGGGGGGUGCAGCCAUACCGGAGCCGGUACCGUCGGGGCCGCCAGGAUCCCUGCGUCGGGAAGCACAGGAUACAGAGAUCAGACACAACCGGGUCCUAAGGCAGAGGGCGCAGCGCCAGGAACAACACGGUGCCCGAAUCGAUUUCGGGUGUCCCGUCCCGUUUACAAACAUUCCCAACCUGAUCCUCUCCGGGUUCGAGAAAGCAAAGGCGAUGUUUUCCAACAAGGGGGAUAGUAAGGUACUCGAACACUAUCAGCUUGCCAUCAACUGCCUCGCCGAGAACAUCGACGACUAUAGGUGUCAGCUUAUGCUGAUGAUCACGCUGACGAUAUGUUCGUCCUCCGAGACGCCCGAGGUCGCUCUAAAAGCGAAUAAAUUCACUAUAGCGGACAAACGAAAGGACCCAGGGCAACUCGCCCUCGUCAUGGUCACACGAAUGAUGUGGUUCCUCUACCCUGCGUCUUUCCCAUGGGCUAAAAACUCUGGCGGUACUGCAUACGACGUAGCCGAGAUGACAAAAAAAGUUGAGCAGAAAGGCUGCAACAACCGUGUGCUCAAGGUGCUUUGUUAG